UCCCCAAAAUUCAUGCAGAAAGCGUCUGCCCAGUUGAUUUCGUUUAAUCAUCAGACCACUCGUUUUGCAUUCUUCCUGGUGUUAAUUGAUCUUUGAAAUUUCGGUCAUGUCACACAUGAGCGAAACAGCUCGCCGGCUUGUUUUUCUAGGCACCCAAGCUGAACCAUGUUUGAUUCAUGAAGAAGUUCCUAUUCCAAAGCUGAAACCUGGUGAAAUCCUAGGAAAGCUCCGCAUGGCAACAAUAUGUGGAUCGGAUUUACAUACAUUUAGCGGAAAGAGAAAAGAGCAGACGCCGAGCAUUCUUGGACAUGAAGGUGUUGUAGAAGUAAUCAAUCAUCUGCGUCCAGAUACUGACAUUGAAAAAGGAGACAGAAUAACAUUUCAUGUCAUCAACUGUUGCAACAAAUGUGAAAACUGCAGGGAAGGACUUCAGCAGAAAUGCACUUCUUUGUUCAAGUAUGGUCACUCUAUCAUGACAGAAGAAUCACAACUUAAUGGCUGUUAUGCAUCCCAUAUUAUCAUACACAGUGGAACACAUGUUGCAAAAAUUCCUGAUCAUGUCAGAGAUAAUAUGGCUGCCACCGUUAAUUGCGCAUUAGCAACAAUGGUCAAUGUUGUGUCUGGACUUACAGGAGAAAAUCCUCAUCGUGAUACAGUUGCCUUAAUUCAGGGGUGUGGCCUGUUAGGAAUUUAUGGCUGUGUGCUUCUUCAAGAAGCUGGCUUCAGAAAAGUUUACUGCUCUGAUAUUGAACCCAAGAGACUGGAAAUAGUUCAAAGGUUUGGUGGAAUUCCUGUCAUAACAGAUGGGAGCCCUCCAAGUGAUCCUGGUGACAACUCUGUUGAUGUGGUUAUAGAGGUUUGUGGAUUCCCAGGAGUGAUACCUGAUGGAAUAAGACUCCUUCGCACUGGGGGUUUAUAUGUGCUUGCUGGUAUGGUACAUCCAAAUUCCAAUUUAGAUAUCACUGGUGAACAGAUCAUAAGAAAGUGUGUCACUAUUAAAGGAAUUCACAACUAUGGUCCACAACAUCUGGAUGAAGCUGUUUCGUUUCUGUCCAGAACAUGUAAUAAAUAUCCAUUUGAAGAACUCUUCAGCCCAUCUUUCAAACUCACAGAUUUUGAACAAGCCUUGCUGCUCUCCAAACAGCAAGUGUUCAACAGAGUUUGCGUGGAGCCCUGAGGGACACUCUUGUUUCCUGAGUCUUUGUUCCCUUUCAUUACCUCAACUAGCACCUGUUGCACUAAAUAAGGAUAACAGAGGCUCUGAGAGUGAGACUGCACUUUAUGGAGGGUUGGGUUGGAGAAAAUUAUCUUUUAUUAAAUUGUCCCAUAUUACUGUUCUAGACAUAACUAUGGACAAAAUAUCCAGAUGGUAAAAUAUGAAGUCAGGAAUCAAAAAUAUACUAAAAAACAAUUAGUAUAAAUAUAUAUUGAAUGGUCAAAUCGAAAAGUUCAAAUAAUUAAUUCAAAACAAUAUUUAUUAGAACGACGGGCGCUACCAAAGUAUCACUGAAAGUUGCCUUACAUUUACCAAAGAUAUAAUUACUAACUGAUUGCUAACAGGAUUGCAAACUUAAAACUGAUCAAUUAAAUGUAGUGUUGAAACGUAGGGUUUGGUCACCUAGACUCCCGCGCAAGAGCCUCCCGUUAAAAGCGCGCGGCAAACAAAAUAUACCUAAAAGAUGCAUCUAUAUAUUGAGAAAAUGAUGAAAAAAGCAAGACAAAAAUUAGUGUUUUGAUUGGCAUCGACAGUGUUCACUGGAUUAUUUAUAGUCUCUUGAUUUACUCUCUGUUUUCGGCCUUUUCUUAAAAUUUAUCGUAAUUAGGAAUACAGAACUAUGGUCUUCAACAUCUGAAUGAAGCUGUUUCGUUUCUUUUCAGAGGUUGAAGUAAAUAUCCCUAGGGCUAUCAGGAAGUCUUCAGCCUAUCUUUCAAACCGACAGAUUUCGAACAAGUCUUGGAGCAAUCGAAACAGCAAACGUAUUACAGAGUUUGUUAUGCCUUGAGAGGAAGUAAUUAUAUUCGGGUUGUUCUCAAAGCUCACUGUACUUCGUUGCUCGUUGCUUACAAAACUUCCUGUGUCAGCUAAAAUUAUGCGAUGUUCAUAGUGACAUAGUUACUCUACAUUUAUUUUAGUCUGUUACCCAUUCCUUUACGGCCAAGGUCAAAUCCCUAGCCAAGCAUUCCCUCGUUAUAAUUUAACUGCCCACAAAAACGAGGACAUCAAAACAGGAUACGAUACCUCUACCUACUUUUCCUUUAUUGCUAAAAAUAAAACACUACUGUCAAGCAAACAAAAUAUUACGGGUAUCUUAAUCAGAUCUUAUGGUGAAAAUAACAAUUUUGAGCGUGU